AUGCCGGCAUUCUCGGAUGUUGCUGGGUCGCUCACCAGUACGAAGCCAUUGAUUAAUCUCUUACGAGGGUCAGCAUUUAUUUCCUACCAUUACUACUGCUGCCCUGUUGCAAUCUUUUUGCUGCGUUUUGCCUUGUUGUGGCCGAACUUCUCGCUGCUUCCAAAACAUAUUUUGCAAAAGGCAACCAACACGGUCCUUGCCAACCACGCAAUAGCGGAUCCAGGCCUGGAAUACGGCCCUGAUCCUGGAGACCUCAAAUUACGCAAGAACGUCGCGUCCCUUUUGACAAAUUUCUAUCACUUCUCGAAUCCUAUUUCUGAAGACCGCGUCUGCAUCACGGGCGGUGCCUCCCAGAAUCUGGCCUGCUUGCUCCAGGUGUUCACUGACCCCGUGUACACGCGUAAUGUCUGGAUAGUUGCGCCGAGCUAUAUGCUAGCCUUCCGAAUCUUCGACGACAGUGGCUUUUCUACCAAACUUAGAGCCGUGCCGGAAGAUGAAGAGGGAAUUGACCUCGAGUUUCUGAAGAGGGAGAUCCAGAAAAGUGAAGAGAAGGCCGAAGCUGAAGGCAAUAACAGGCCUAUCUUUAAACCCGCUCGCCCAUGGGGGAAGGUGUACAAACAUGUCAUCUACUGUGUCCCUACCUUCUCCAACCCUUCCUUCAAGACCAUGACCGUGCGAAGAAGGGAGGGACUGGUGAGGCUAGCAAGAGAAUAUGACGCUCUCAUCAUCUCAGAUGAUGUCUAUGAUUUCUUGCGUUUUCCGUCGAGCCUCACUGCCGAGACGUUGACUUCCGAGAAAGCAAAUGUUCCUCGAAUUGUCGACGUCGACAGAACCCUUGACGGGGGAGCUGAGAGGGAGGGUGCCGAUGGCUUUGGCAACGCUGCGUCGAAUGGAAGCUUCUCCAAGAUAUGCGGCCCCGGUCUACGUACGGGCUGGUUAGAAGGCACAGCAAAGAUGGCAUAUGGUGUAUCACAGACAGGUUCAAGCCGUUCAGGCGGCGCACCCUCCCAACUAACCGCAACAUUCGUCGCAGAAGCCCUCGAGACAGGCGAGCUCCAGCGCCACAUCUUCGACGUCUUGCAGCCUGCCUAUGCCCUUCGCUACCGUAAGAUGGUCGCCGCAAUCACAAAGUACCUAACACCUCUAGGCGUCAAGAUCCCGCAGACAGACCGAGAGGUCGUCGGCGGGUACUUUAUCUGGCUGACGUUGCCGCAGCCGCUCAAAGGUGCCGUUGUGGCGCAACGGGCGAAGGACGACGAGAACGUCAUCGUUGCUCAGGGAGAAAUUUUCGAAGUCCCCAACGACACCCAAAACGCGCAUUUCGAAAACUGUCUCCGCGUCUGCUUCGCAUGGGAGGACGAGGACCUGCUAGCUGAGGGCAUCGAAAGGCUCGCGAACGUCAUCCGCGCGUUGUUGUCUGAGGAGCAGCGGCAGGAGGGCGUGAAAGCGAAGGUUGCGACGAGGGAGGGGAUGGGGGAGUUUAUGUAGAUGUUCUUGUUAUUGCAACAUUCAUACACUACAAUUCCCU